AUGAACACACUGCAACGAGUGCUUCAGGGCAAGUGCUUGAUCCUAACAGUUUGUGCUGCUGGAAUUGGAGGCACUUUCCAGUAUGGCUGCAACCUCAGCUUCAUCAAUGCCCCAGUCAUCCAUAUCCAGAGCUUUAUGAAUGAAACAUGGCUGGGGCGCACUGGCACCCCCUUAGCAGGAUGGAUGAUCACUCUUAUCUGGUCCUUCAUUGUCCCCGUGUAUCGUCUGGGAGGACUCACAGGAGCCCUCAUUGCUGGUCCCAUGGCAAUUAACCUGGGAAUGGUCAAGCAUCUCCGGAGGAAAAGCUCUGCAGUCCCACAGGGACUAGCCGUCUUCCCAUCACUUGCUGCUGCUGCUUCUGCUGCAGACUUUGGUGGGUGUCAGCAUGAUGUGGAGCAGGGACACCCGUCCUUGCCAAGUGCUGCUCAGUUGCUUAAGAAAUCCUUGUUGGUAAACAACAUGUUUGUGGUCCUUGCUGCAGUUUUGGCGGGAUUCAGCUGGAUCGCAAAAUCCUUUGAAAUGAUCUUACUAAGUAGAUUUUUUGCACGAAUAAAUUCUGGGGUGGGCAUGAAUGUUCAGCCCGUGUACUUGGGCGAAAGUGCUCCCAAGGAGCUCUGUGGUGAUGGCGUGGUGCUGGGGCAGGUCCUUGGACUAAGAGAAAUGUUAGGAGCAGAUGAGAACUGGCCUUUUCUUCUAGCAAGCAAUGUAUUACCUGGUCUGAUCCAGCUUGUGCUUCUGCCCUGGGCACCCAAAAGCCCCCGGUGCUUAUUGAUUGACCAGGGAGAUCAGAUUCCCUGCAUCUGUGCUUUGCGACAACUGCGGGGUAAUGAUGACUUUAGCAGCGAGAUGACUGAGAUGCUGGCUGAACAGAUGGCCAUCCAAAGAGCCAAGGCACCAUGGGAGCUGUUCUGUGAUUCAGCAAUGAGGUGGCAGCUAAUCACCAUAGUUGUCCUUAGUAGUGCCAUGCAGCUCUGUGGGAAUGACCCAAUGUACUUCUAUGCUCCCUAUAUUUUCCAAGAAGCUGGGAUCCCAGAUGACAAAAUCCAGUACGGCAUUAUUGGCACAGGAACCUGUGAGCUGAUAACAUCUAUGAUAUGCUGAGUUUUCUGUGAUAUUUUGUUCCAAAACCUGAUCAUAGAGUACGUUGGACGUAGGGUGUUGCUGAUAGGAGGCUACAGCCUCAUGGCAGUGUGGGCCAUUGUCUUCAUGGUGGCCUUGUCCCUGCAGGAUGAACUCACCUGGAUGCCUUACCUCAGCACGGCCUGCAUCUUUGCUUACAUCCUGAGCUUUGGCAUUGGACCAGCUGGUGUGACAGGAAUAAUCCCCAUGGAGAUUUUUGACCAGGUGACCCACCCAACUGCUUACAUGAUCAAUGGUGCUCUGCUCUGGAUGAAUUUAUUUCUGGUGGGCAUGGCAUUUCCUUUCAUUGUGGAAGCUCUGGGGUAUUACUGUUACCUUCCUUUCUUCAUCGUUUGUGUCUGCACUGCUUUCUAUGCCAGUUUCUUCUUCCCUGAGACAAAAGGGAAAACUCUUCUGGAAAGCUCAGAAGAAUUCAACAAGCGCAACUUCAAAACUAAGAACUGUGAGAAUUCUUGGACACAUCCUGAUAACCUCCAGUCUACCAUGCUGUAA